AGAUAUAUUUUAUUCAAUUAUAGGUGGUACCCAUGUAUGAAAACAAAAUACAAAAUUUUUUGCGUGUGGCCAACAUAAUUCUAAGUGCUGAUGACUCGCGUAGUCAAAGAAGAAAAAGGAGCGUGGCCUUGAAGGAAACUAAGAGUGGCCCUAAACUGAAUGUUGCGCAUGAUGUCCUUCUUGGAAUUGAAAAUAACAUUAAAAUCAACAGUACUUAUGAAAAUCUGGUCACGGACGUGAAAGUUGUUCUUGAAGCCUUAAAAAGCAAUCAAGACACAGAAUUUCGUGUUAGCGGUGCCACUGCUACAGAGACUGAGUUCAGUGUCAAUGAUGUGUGUGUCAAGGCUACGGAAAGGUUUCCUGAUGAGUUCAAAAAAUAUUUUGAAACAGCUAUGUUGGAAGGCACAGUGACAUGUGUGACUCCAUGCAAUACGGCUCAUAGUAAACGGAUCAUUUGUGAGAAUGACGGCACCUGUGAAGUUUCUGAGGAGGGCCCAUCCUGCUAUUGCCGCUAUGCUGAUGACGUCUGGUACUUGGGAGAGCAUUGCACUUUCCAGGUGCACAAAGUUGGAUUUUUUGCUGGAUUGGGAACGGUGGCAGCCAUAGCAGUAUUAACUGUAGCAUUCCUGACAGCUUAUCUCGUUAUAAACAAACGAACGGUGAAGAGGAAUAAGGACAUCAAGCAAGAGCUAGUGAAAGAAUGGUUAGAGGAUGACUUUGAAUGGCCACCACAAAAGAAAAUCUCAAACACAGUUGACAGAUAUGAGAAUCCAAUAUACUCACCAGGAGGCAUACAUACGCGGGACAGUUUCGGAAAGUAUAAACCAGAUUUCUCUUAUACACAGAAUUUUUCACCUGAACCUGAUAUUCAUCUCCGUUACCUUCAGAGGGAUCAGUCUAUGAGAAUGGACAGACCUCGGAUCCGGACAUCUUUUGAUAUUUAACAUUCUUAGUGUUUGGAAAGACAAGCAUUACGACUUUGUAUGACACACUGAAUGUAUCUGUUGCUUGGUUUAAAAAUAUGCAGUCUUGAUCUAUCAAAACUCAAUCAGUUGCAAGAGCACUGUAUUUAAAUCAUACGAUUUAGCAGUUGCACAACUGUGCAUAUUUUCUGUACCUCAGAUGUGUGACAAACAUCAUCAGACCAUAUUGCAUUUGAUCACAUGAUGACGAGAAGUAAAGCUUCAGAAACGCCCUGCUUAUCUUCAGAUAUAUUAACAUAAUCAGUGUUAUAAAAAUAGUUAUUUUUUAUAGGUUUCAUUUUAAGGUAUCAUUUCUUAGUAUUUUUUUAUUCAUAAUGACAUUGCAUUAACACAAACUUGUUUGUAAAUUAUUAUAUAUUAUCCACAAAUUAUUUAUUAGCUUUAUACUCCACACACUGUAAAUUGACACUUGCUUAUGUUAUAAUAAAUUAUAAUCUCAGUUGUUUGUUUUAGUUGCCUUUUUUCCUCUGUAAAUGCAAUAAACUACAUGAACAAAAAAAUUAUAUUCUUGAGCUAUUGCGUAUUGCAAUAUAAGAAAACAUCAAACAUGAGCUCACAGAGAGGGACAGAGUAUCGUCACAAAACAGCAUUCCCAAUUACUUUCAUGCCUCUUGAUUGGUUAUUUUCAGUACUUUUUAAAUGUUUUCCUACUCAGGCACACAACAGAAGCACAGGUAAUGGGACUUCCUUACUGUAUAUUCUACUACCUCUUCAGAUUUCAUUGUUACAUUAUUAAGUUCUUCCAAAAUAUAACAGUGAGCGUGUUUUAACUGUUAAAGAAGAGUUUAAAUCACUUUGGAAAUACUGAAUAUUAUCCACAACAUUUUAAAGAUGGCUAGUCAUUUCAAAAGAAGGAACAGAUAGAUGCAGUAAAAUAAAAUCUGUUUAUCUCAGAUAUCUUAUCAGCAGCAUGCCAAACAACGUGAGGGACGGUGAGUUGUAUAGGUCAUGUUGGGUGGGAAGACGCACAUCGAACAGAUAAUCAGGAAAAAGAAACCGAUAAUCAGCUGCUCCUCAAAUGGUAGCAUCACUUGUACCUAGACCUCUGUGGUGCAAUGAGACUCAUGGGUCUCAAACUUGGGUAGUGUUACUCACCAUAAAUGUCACUUUAUUAGAGGUAAACCCUUGUUUGCAUACGGUUUUGUUUACAAUUCUUUUUCUGCAUUAAAAAAAAGUACCAAAGACCAUAAUUCUUACAGAUCUUGGUGGGAAGGCUCUAAAUCCACCCCCACUCAAGAUGACAAAAAAGGCAUUCUAAUUCUACUCCGGUACCACUUUACACAACCACCGGAUAUUAGGUGACGCUAUAAGUACAUUUGAAUUUUGGUUCCUAACUCUGGAUCUGUAAGGGCCUCUGAAUCCUUGAUUCCUAGAAUCCUCUAGUCUACAGGAAUCUGCAAGAAACUGUACAUCCAAUUUUAUUUACUUCAGGACAUUUUUCCGCCAUCUUGAAUUUUCUGGAAAAACUAAAUUUUCUAACUCCUCCUAAGCUGCUGGUUUGAUUUGCACAAAACUUGGCAUGCAUCAUCCCUGGCAAGGCCCUCAUGACAAAAAAAGUAUCAGAGGAAUUCUGAUUUCUCAAACUAACCUAAUAAAAAAAAAAAAUAUUAAAAAAGGAAAACAUUAAAUAUUCCAAUCCCAAAAAAAAAAAAUCAAUAUUACCAUCUGGUUCUUAAUGUAUUACUAUGCUAAAAGGAAAUAU